CCCAGCCAAAGAAUAGCAUAAAAACAUAACACGACAACAAUAACUCUCGGAAACCAAUUGUAGAAAACAACAACGACAAGAUAACGAUGGCCACAAGGUACUCAGCAUCUCGACUUUCCUACCACAGCACUCUGCAUCCGCCAUCAUUCGAGAACCACGUGGAAACCUAUCGUUCCCGAUCACGCAACAACAGCACCAACCUCUACAACUCCAUAGACAGAAGUAGGAGCCCCAAUCUGGAUGCCGAAUUAAAAGGGGUCGAGAAAAGUGGUCGAGACUAUCACGUAACCGUCAAUUUGAACGCCCUGCAAGCAACCAAUCAAAUCAACAGCCUCAACAACGCCACGUUAGAUAAUCUCCGAAACAGGCAAGCCAACGGCAAGAGCCUGCUUCAACAAACGACGACCACAAACGUCUUUCAGCCCGGCUUCAGCAACAUCGAUAACUCGUACGCCGAGUACAACACGUCGACAACUGUCGCCCCUAGGAGCGGUCUGGCAAGGAGGACAGUUGUCACAUUGAAUGGAGGUGAUGAUGCAUCGUUAUACGCAUAUCAACAGCAGCUUCAGCAGCAGCAGCAAGUUCAGUAUCUUUCUCAACCGUCGCCGAGGCAGCACGUAUUUUCCACUUCCUCGCCAUUCAAUUACAAAUCUGUCUCAAUUUCAUCCUCAGUUUCUCCGCAGUUUUCGAAGACUCCUGUCAUUGAGAAUGCUUACACGGUUAAGUCUAUAACUUCAAGCAACCAGCAGAGGCAAGCUAGCACCAUCAACAAGACACCACGGAAUGACACCGUUGAAUUCAACUUGAAUCUGAAUGGUCAGCUGGUGAGGCAAGUUCAGCCAGUGACCCAAAAAACCACUGACUGGACGAUAUAUGGAGGUGUGCAGAUUCCAGUGCCCGCUGAGGAAAAGGUUGAAUCGUACGUGUCUAGAACAAAUCAACGGUUCAUUGAAGACGAUGGUGAUGAAGAAGAGGAGGAGGAGGAAGAGAUGUUACAGAGAAAUGCUCUCAAAAGUACUCCAGAAGAGACUUACAAAUCUCUCUACGAUAUGACGAAGAACAAUUGGUGGCUCAAUCUCGAAUAUGGCAGCGCUCCGAAGGUCAGAACGGAAAGCGAGAGGAAAAAAACUCUCCCGAAAGAAACUGCUACCGAGAGUAUAGAUGUGGUUUUAGAGCAGGUGAAGCUCGUUCUCGACAAUUACACGGCCCGAGCCAACGUGCAAGUGAGAAGUGAACGAAUCGUUCCUAUUGAUUUCAGAAGCAAACUCUACUCUGUAACCGCAGUUAUCGUCACUAAAAACAUUGAACUAGACAUGAAUUCAAGUGACGAGGCGGUUGAUUUGUACGAAAAAGCCCUGGCAAUGGAAAGACGCUCUGGCGGAAAACUUUCGAACGAUGACAUCAAAAAAAUCUUUGUCAGAAUGGUCGAAAUAAAUAAACAUUUGCCAAACAAUAGCAAUCCUAAUGUGAAAUACGACAAUUUCGUUACGAAAAAUUUAGAAAAUUACGAUUUUAGCGAUGGGGGCGGUACGGCAAGGCGAAGUAACUUCAACAACAAUCAGGCGAUGGCUUCUAGCAACAACGCGUUCAGCUCAAGGACUUACUCAAACUUCACAAAUGGCGUGGGAUACAGCAAUCAAAACUCUGUAUUUGCUGACGGUCCCAAAAAGAAAUCCUCUUCAAAAAUGAGACAGAUGAAUUACUGACAGUGACACAAACUUUUAGAAAUAUUUUCAACAUUUUUAACGCUUCUUGAAAUAGAUUAAUACAUUUUAAAUUUAUUUAAAUCACUUAACGUUUCUUUAUUUACUUUUACAGUAAAAGUAAAAGUUUUAAUUCUAUUUGUAGAAAUUUUUUGGCGGAAACUCAGUGAUAUUUUUGCAUUCACUAUUAUUUAUGUUAAAUUAAUAAAUCAUCUACAUUUUAAGACAAAACUUUAGAAAUUAUUUUUAUUUUUUGAACUUUAUAUCUCGUUUAAUUCAUACAACACUUGUUUGCAUAUUAAUUAUAAAAAAAAUUAAUUUUUUGCAUUUACUGUUUUUGAUAUCAACUUAACCGUUAAAUUUAAAUUUGUUUUCUUCAAGCUUUUAACGUUAUUUAACUGUCUUAUAACCGAAAUGCAAUUUAAAUGCGAAAAUUGUUUACUUGUUAGGAAAAGAAAUUUUUUUGUAAGAUUU